AUGUCCGAUUAUCAACAUUUUGCUUACGAUUACAAUGAUCUCAAUUUGUCAUCUUUUAUCACACCAAAAGGGCAAAAUAAAUUAACGGAUUCUGGUUUCAUUUCUCGUACUCCAACGCCACCAACGCCCUCAAUUCAACAAGAUGAUAAUGGAAAAGAAUCCGACUCAACAUGUUUAUCCAAUAAGUCAGACAUUUCUCAAUCAAAAUCAUUUACAUUUCGAAAACGAUCUCGAAUUCAAUAUACCGCUCAACAACUUCAGACAUUGGAAACAGCAUUUAAAAGAACUCAUUAUCCAGAAGUGACGAUAGUAGAUCAAUUAGCCGAAUUACUGAAUGUUCAACAUGAAAAAAUAUCAGUACUAUUCAAAAAUAAUCUUGUCGCUCACCUUUCUAAUUAUCAUUUCGUUCAGAUCUGGUUUCAAAAUCGAAGAUCUCGUUUUAAAAGACAACAAAAAUGUAAAACAACGCGAAAAAAUGAAAUAAAACCACUGGAGCAUAUACCAACCUACGAGAACAUAGAAAAUUAUCCUCCUCCACCAAUUGAUCCUGUUGCUAGUGGCUAUUACUAUCAUUAUCCUUAUUAUCAUUCAUCGUGGAGCACACCAAUGCACCCAUUGCAUUCAAGUUUACAAUGGACUCCUAUAACAUCAACAAAUCUCAAUGCUGAUUCAAUGACGACCGCUUUCUCCAGUACACCAUCAACGUCGAGCAAUUUUAGUAAUCCGCCAUGGCAAGAUUAUUCAAGGCCGAUACCACUCACAGAUAUUCAACAGUAA